UACAAACUAAAAGAAGAAAGACAACAACAGCUGGUCAGCCAUCUCCGUAGCUUGCUAACCAACAUAGCGGAACCGCCCCAUCUCUUUAGACGCUUUCUGGUAUAUGAGCCACUCUGUUUUGAACACAUUUCUGUCGUUUAGCUAAUUAUCCCAUUUAAUUUCCUAUUUACCUUGUUAUUAGUCAGCUAGCUGGCUUGUUAAGUUAGCAUUAGCCUAGCUAGCUAACUGUUAGCUAACAUCCCCCGACCAUGAGUUCACCAAGCUACUCUCCUCCUGAUGAAGAGGAGGGGGUCUGCUGGACGGAGAAAGAGGGUCUGUGGCUGAAUGUUGUCGUGAAAGAGGAGAAGGAAGAGGAGGAUGUUACAGUAAAACAAGAAGUAGAGGAAGAGGAGGCUGUUACAAUACAAAAACAAGUAGAGGGUGAGUCUGUUACAGUGAAAGAAGAAGAGAAAGACGUUUCAGUGAAAGAAGAGGAAGACCCGAUCAGAGUGAAAGAAGAAGAUGAGGAUGUGACUGUAAAAGAAGAGGAGGUUGCAGUUUUUGGAGUGAAGGAGGAGAAAGAGGGAGAGAUAACUGUCAUAUUGGAAGAGGAGUCAGGAGAUCUGAUUAACACCGGAGAGAGACUGAACUAUCGUGGAUCCUCUGGGGAGCCUCAACAACCUCAUGACGCUGAUGAGGCAGAGACGAGUUUCUCCAGAUCAGAACACCUCAAGAAACACCAGCAGAGACCGUCAGGGAAGAAACCUCACCGCUGCUCUGACUGUGGGAAGAGUUUCACCUCUUCUUCAGAUCUUAAAAUACACCAGAGAAUCCAUACAGGAGAGAAACCUUACAGCUGCUCCGACUGUGCAAGGAGUUUUACUACACGUAGUCAGAUGAUAUCUCAUAGAAGAACACACACAGGAGAAAAACCUUUCAGCUGUGAUCGAUGUGGGAAGAGUUUUGCUCAGUCAGGCAACCUGACAAUUCACCAGAGAACACACACGGGUGAGAAACCUUACCACUGCUCUGACUGUGGAAUGAGUUUUACUACCUCAGGUGGACUGAUAUCACACCAGAGAACACAUACAGGAGAUCAGUGUGGGAAGAGUUUUCCUGCCGCAAGGAACCUGAAUCUAGUUCACCAGAGAGAGAACACAGCUGAUCUGACUGUACACCAGAGAAGCUACACUGUAGAGAAACCAUACCAUUGCUCAGACUGUGGGAUGAGUUUUACUACAUCAAGUGGACUGAUAUCACACCAGAGAAUCCACACUGGAGAGAAACUAUACCACUGCUCAGAUUGUGGGAUGAGUUUUGCUGGAUUAGACAAACUGACUGUACACCAGAGGUUACACACAGAGAGGACUUUUAGUUGUGAUCAAUGUGGGAAAAACUUUGCUGCAGCAACAAACCUGAUAGUUCACCAGAGAACACACACGGGAGAGAGGCCUUAUAGCUGUGAUGAAUGUGGGAAGAGAUUCACUCAGUCAGCACACCUGACUGUACACCAGAGAACCCACACGGGAGAGCAGCCUUAUAGCUGCGAUCAAUGUGGGAAACAUUUUGCUUUGCCAGGAAACCUGACUGUACACAAGAGAACACACACCGGAGAGAAACCUUACAGCUGUGAUGUAUGUGAGGAUAGUUUUGCCACCUGGACUGCCCUGGCUACACACAAACGAAUCCACACAGGUGAGAAACCGUACCACUGCUCCGACUGUGGAAUGAGCUUUACUUCCUCAAGCGACUUGAGAAGACACCAGAGAAAACACACAGGAGAGAAACCUUACAGCUGUGAUCAGUGUGGGAAGAGCUUUAUUCGCUCAGACUCCCUGGCAAAACACAAGAAAAUACAUGCAGGAGCCACAGACCUGGGUAGUGGAACACAGAGUGUGGAAUGAUCUCCAACACCAGACCUGGGUAGUAGAACAGAGUGUAGAAUGAUCUCCAACACCAGACCUGGGUAGUAGAACACACAGUGUUGAAUGUCUACUACAGAGUACAGAAUGAACUCCAACACCAGACCUGGGUAGUAGAACACACAGUGUUGAAUGUCUACUACAGAGUACAGAAUGACCUCCAACACCAGACCUGGGUAGUAGAACACACAGUGUUGAAUGUCUACUACAGAGUACAGAAUGAACUCCAACACCAGACCUGGGUAGUAGAACACACAGUGUUGAAUGUCUACUACAGAGUACAGAAUGACCUCCAACACCAGACCUGGGUAGUAGAACACACAGUGUUGAAUGUCUACUACAGAGUACAGAAUGAACUCCAACACCAGACCUGGGUAGUAGAACACACAGUGUUGAAUGUCUACUACAGAGUACAGAAUUAACUCCAACACCAGACCUGGGUAGUAGAACACACAGUGUUGAAUGUCUACUACAGAGUACAGAAUUAACUCCAACACCAGACCUGGGUAGUAGAACACACAGUGUUGAAUGUCUACUACAGAGUACAGAAUUAACUCCAACACCAGACCUGGGUAGUAGAACACACAGUGUUGAAUGUCUACUACAGAGUACAGAAUUAACUCCAACACCAGACCUGGGUAGUAGAACACACAGUGUUGAAUGUCUACUACAGAGUACAGAAUGACCUCCAACACCAGACCUGGGUAGUAGAACACACAGUGUUGAAUGACCUCCAACACCAGACCUGGGUAGUAGAACACAGAGUAAUGAUCUAUUUGUAAUCUAACUAUUGAUGUCGUAGUGUUUGUGUUCAACUUGUUUCAUAAUAAUAAUAUCAUUUAUAAUAUUUUAAAAUCCUACAACUUUUGACUAAUGUCAAAUUAUUUUAAAUUUUGUAAAUGGAACAUUUUAUAGAAAAUGUUAUAGAUGGAGGAACAGGACAAUAAAUGUGAUGUUUUGAUGUAGUUGCUCUCCAGAAGCCUGAGGAAGUUCAUGUUGGAAAAGUAGGUAUGGAACAUAUCAUGUAGCCUCGGCUCCAGGUUUCAUUAUUGUAAUCUGUUUUCACAGCUACUAUAAAAAUCUAGAAUAAACUAAGUGCUCUUUCCAAACAUCCCUAUGACCACAAGACUUAUUAACGUAUUGUGCUCACUGGGAUGUACAGUGUUCUACAUGUCAUAUUGUUGUCAUGUUAUGAUCUCUUAUCUUUUUGUCUGUUUGUUUUAUAAAAAUGAACACCGUAGGGUCAGAGACGGGGGAGAGAGCGAGGGUCAGAGACGGAGAGGGCGAGGGUCAAAG